UUUUUGACAAGUGUUGGUUGAUUAUUUUCCAAGUUUUUUUUGAGUGUUCGCCAGUGCUUUGGACCAGUUUCGGAGCUUCUCUUGUUUCUCGAAACAGUAUCCCCAUCGAAAAAAGCCGAGUAAACACAAGAGAAGUCAUGCCAGAGGAGGCUAGGACAGUAUUAUGAUGAACUUGCUGGUGGUGAAGGAGAGCGGCGAGCGGAUCGCCGACAGCAGCUGUAGCCAGGAGCAUAGUACCCGAACUCUACCAAAACCAAAACCAAAACCGCCCCAAGUAGCCAAACUUCGCAAGCUGGCGCAGCUGGAAAUUGCACCGGGAUCGGGACUGGUGGGAUCAGGAGCCGGAACCGGAACCAGAACCGGAAGUUGGUGCGGACAAGCUAUUCGGUGGCAGUUGGUGUUACUUCUCCUGCUCUGUAAUUGCAUUGAUCUUACCGUUUCGAACAAAAUCUCCUCAGUGGGCGCCUUCGAGCCGGACUUUGUGAUUCCGCUGGAGAACGUGACCAUUGCCCAAGGUAGAGACGCGACCUUCACGUGCGUGGUGAACAACCUCGGGGGUCAUCGGGUGAGUGGUGACGGUUCGUCAGCCCCAGCCAAGGUCGCCUGGAUUAAGGCCGAUGCCAAGGCAAUUCUGGCCAUUCACGAGCACGUGAUAACCAACAAUGAUCGAUUAUCGGUGCAGCACAACGACUACAACACAUGGACGCUCAACAUACGCAGCGUCAAAAUGGAGGACGCCGGCAAAUACAUGUGUCAGGUCAACACGGAUCCCAUGAAGAUGCAGACGGCCACCUUGGAAGUGGUCAUUCCACCGGACAUCAUAAACGAAGAGACCUCCGGAGAUAUGAUGGUCCCAGAGGGCGGAUCCGCCAAACUCGUUUGCCGAGCACGUGGUCAUCCGAAGCCGAAGAUCACGUGGCGACGUGAGGAUGGCCGGGAGAUUAUUGCCCGCAACGGCUCGCAUCAGAAAACAAAAGCCCAAUCGGUGGAGGGCGAAAUGCUGACGCUGUCGAAGAUCACGCGAUCGGAAAUGGGCGCCUACAUGUGCAUUGCCUCAAAUGGAGUGCCGCCGACGGUGAGCAAGCGGAUGAAGCUACAGGUGCACUUUCAUCCGCUGGUGCAAGUGCCAAAUCAAUUGGUCGGCGCCCCGGUCCUUACGGAUGUCACAUUAAUUUGCAACGUCGAGGCAUCGCCGAAGGCCAUCAAUUAUUGGCAGCGCGAGAAUGGUGAAAUGAUUAUUGCCGGCGAUCGUUACGCGCUCACCGAAAAGGAGAAUAAUAUGUAUGCCAUCGAGAUGAUUCUGCACAUCAAGCGGCUGCAGAGCAGCGAUUUCGGUGGCUACAAGUGCAUCUCGAAAAACAGCAUCGGCGACACCGAGGGCACCAUCCGGCUAUAUGAAAUGGAGCGUCCCGGAAAGAAGAUCCUCCGUGAUGAUGACCUCAACGAAGUGUCGAAAAACGAGGUGGUGCAAAAGGACACGCGCAGCGAGGAUGGGUCACGCAACCUGAACGGCAGGCUCUACAAGGACCGCGCUCCGGAUCAGCACCCGGCCAGCGGAAGUGACCCGCUCCUCGGAGGCGGGACAAUGCGGCUAAUCGGGACAUUUCUAUUAGCCUUAUUGGUAUUAUUCACGGCGCGGACAGAGGCCGGACCAACAACAUUGUCCUGCCGCACAAUAGGCGGCAGACAAAAGAAGGCCAAGGAAACGAGCUCGAAGGCAAACGAGCGGCGGGGCAAGGACAAGGGCAGGGAGGAGGGGCACGCGGAAAAGUGGAGCAAGUGCUGGGAGAGAUCGGCGCGGAGUUGGAGGCGGUCAGGGCCGCCAGAGUUAGAUUAUUAUAGCUUAAUUCAAUUGUAAUUAUACAAACCAGAUUAUGAUGCAAGGAGCUCCUGCCCCCCGUCCCGCUCCUGCCACACACACACACACGCACAUGCACACACACACACACGGGCAGGGAAACAGAGCCAUUAAUCAAUGGGGAUGGCGCGACUGGCGCCACUCCACUGACUAAUCAUCUACGCCCAUGCUAAUUGCGAAGGGGGUGGGGCGUCGGGAGACGGGACAGGGCUAAUUGAAAGCAUAUUAAAUCAAAAGGAGUGAAGGGAGAGAAACCUAACCUAAAGUGUCGUAGUUAAGUGGAAAAGAAAACGCGUUUAAAUGUUACCUCGUUAGUGGAAAAUGAUGGCAAGAUGGCAAGGAUAGAAAGGAUGGAAAGGAGAACCCCAACACCCCACAAAUCCCACAAAUGGAAGUCAACUAUAAACAAUAUUAAGAUUAAAUGGUGUUCGGUUCUUUAAAUGGCUUUAGCUACUUUGAAGUAAACGAAAAGUACGUUCGCGGAGGGAUAUUUGCGUACUAUAAAUAUAAAUAAAGAUGAUAAUGACAGUAAAGACAUUGAUACGGAUAUUUCUACAUGUCUAUAUACAUAUUAAGAAACGUUCGCUUUCGUUUAAUCGAGUCCCUAAUUUGUUGAGUUCGUGUUUCUAGAUGAAAUAAAUACACGUAUACAUAAAUCUAUAUGUAUUAAGUGUUUAAUCAAGAGUUCUGUAUAUAUAUUUAAGGCCUGCUCAAAGAGAAGGACAUCCGCGGCUAAAGAAAUAUGUUUAGACGAUCCUUGCGUACCGUAAGCUGUAAAUAUGAACACCCUUAGUGAUCCCGAGAAAGUUUCGUUGUUAUCAUCGUAAAAAUGGUUAUAUUAGUGGACCCCUUUGUUUACACCUUUGUUCUCACGGCUCAAAAGACUAAUGCGUACCCUAGAUAUAAGCCAUAUUUGGAAUCCCAAAAGCAAAUGGUGUGUGUGUGAUUUUGGCUUAGAAAUAUAACACGUCUUCUAAUAAAACUAAUGUUUAAAAAGGGAGCGUUACGCAUUUAAAGUCUUUAGAAUCAUUAGUCCUUAGAAUCUUUAGCGAUGGGAUAUUAGAUUCAUUUUAGAUUUUGGUGUGCUGGACACCAAAUGGAUUUAUUGCAAAAUGUUAUGAGUUAGGUUUCAUACUAACUCAAUGUAUUUGCAUGAAUCGCAAGUACAUAUGGUGUCAAAAAGACAUAGUAGCCUUAACACCAAAAAUGUAUUUUGACCAUUAGUGUUUAUUUUUUAAUGGUAUAAAUAAUGUUGCAUUAUUACCUUUUUCCGAAAUUCUUGAUUGCAUGCGCGAAGCGAUUUAAUAGUUCUUCAGACCUUAUAUAUGAUAUUUUGGUUACUACAAAUUUCAAAUCAUAUCGCUUAGACUUACGAUAUUCAGUAUCUAACGCCAGACUCACACACACACUGAAACAAGCCGCGGUAGCCACGUAUAUGUUUUUGUAAUACUCAUGUGUGCGUGUCCAGCUCAAUUCCAUGUUUACAUAGAAUCCAAAUCAAGGGAAAAGAAAUCAGAAUAAACAGAAAUAAAUGUGCCAAAAGCAUUAAAAGCAACUCGAAGUAAAGCAGUGCGUGAGGAGAAAAUAAGCAGAGCGAAAUAAAUAGCGAAAUAAAAUGUGUGUGUUCAUAUCUGAAAUACGGAAUACAAUAUACAAAAUGCAAGAUACAAAAUACAAGAUACAAAAUACAGUAAUACCCAGACAUAUGUAUAAUCCGCAUAUCCAACUCCGUUCCCCCAAAAAUCCAGUUGGUUAGAAUUAUUCAAAAGCCGACUACUCAGAUGUACUCUGACUCAUAUACGUACCAAGAAGCAAAUGUAUGGAGAGGGAAACAGGAAGGGAGGAAUACAUUUUAAAUUUAAUGAAGAUAUAAAUAAAAUAAAGUUAAUUAAAUAUAGGGAAUAUUUUUUUUUGCGGGUACGAGAGUAACGUAAUCGCCUAGCAAAUCAGAGUUACGUUUAACCUACACGUGUAAGGCAUGGAAAAUAAUUAUUAACUCAUCUAAAUGGAAUCCCAGGCGAUCGCAUUGUUGAAAAAAAAUAACAAACUACGAGUACAUUUAGUGGAAAUUGCAGGCGGAGAAAGACAGGACAGGCAAGGCAAACUAAACUAUAGUAAAACUUAAGAAUUAACGAACUAAGCCAGAAAACCAUUCAAGUCAUAAAGCAUUCAAUGUCUACGCUACAGCCAUACGAAAAUAAACCAUAAACGAGAAGAGUAUACAAAAAACAAAUAUUUGACAACUACAUAUGCAAUGAGAAUAUCCAACAAUUUCAAGAUGUAAAACCCAUGUAAAACAAAAAACGAAAGUUUGCUGCGUAAUAAUGCGUUAUGCGAAAUUCCAUGAUUCUUGAUUCAGCAAAAUCACGUAAAUAUAAUAGCAUUUAGUUGAAUUUGUGUUCAUGUAUGUACAUAAGAAAUGAGCGAAAACAAAUGUUUGUACUGUAAAAUCUGAUUAUAAAACUGAAUACAUAUUCAAAAACGCGCAAUCGAAAAGACCCCACAAAAAACAAGAAUAAAAAAGGAAA